AUGGCUGACGAAUCAACGCAUAUCGACGAAUUUAGUAGUGAUCAAAUCUCACAACGUUUAUAUCGAAUAUUUACAGUUUUCAGUGAUAAUCAAUUUCAUAUCACUUCACAGCAAGCACAUUUUAUCAUUGAUGAAUUGUUUAGGUUGAAUGGGAGAAUAGAACAAACUCAAAAUUUUAUGCCAAUUUUGGGAAAAAAGGAUGUCAUGACCUUUCGAAAUUUUUUACACAUAUGUGAUCUGUUAUUUCCGGAUCGUAAGCAAUUAGAACCUUUAGUAGAUCGAGUUUUCGAACGAUUUGUACAACAAAUUAUUUGCAAGGGCUUUCUACUUUAUUGGAGUAAAAGCGAUGCAAAAAAGCAAUGCUUAAUUGGAAGUAAAAAUUUUAAAUGGCGAACAUAUUGGUGCACGAUUACACCUGGUGUUAUACAUUUAUGGCCAUUGCAUAAAUCGGCUAGCAAUGGAAAAAAAAAACUAAUUAAUGUUGAUCAGUCAUCGAUAGUUCAUAUUGGCGCAUUUAAUGAAGAACGAUUUACAUGGCUGCUUACAACGAAUUCAAAACAAAAGCAUGAAUUUGGACAUUUUGAUGAACUUCGUCGGAAACAAUGGAUUCUUGCUAUGAAUUUGGCUAUGGAAAUGAAAUCAGUUGAAGAACUUCAAAAAUAUGAUCGAAAUAGUUCAUGCAGUAAAGAAUAUCGCUCUUUGUCUGAUAAAAAUUUGUCAUGGAGAUUAGCACUUGAAUGCGAAAAUGAGCGAUUGAUGCAGCUGUUGGAAGAUCAACGAAUAGCUCUUCAUGAUGAGGAAAUUGUUAGAACAUUAGCAACUAGGUUUACUGCUAUACUACGUUAA